UCAAUUUCUGGGCGAAACUUUCCGAAAGGCCCAUUGAUGCAUAAGAAUGCUGUCAAGGGUCCUAUUCUGCACUGCGUUUUCUCUAGCAACAGUAGUAGUAAUUCUAUUGGCUUUGCUUUCACCUGCAUCCCACAAGAAGAGCCACCCAAGGGCAUGGCUGGAUCUGUCCUUGUACAUCCAAAAACCUCACAUACCACCCUCAAAUUCACGACCCCAACUUGGGGACAAGGGGGGUGCAUUCAUCUUCCAUCGUGUACUGACAGAAGGGCCCGACCAUAAUUCCAGGAUUGUUGGCAAAGCACAGGGCUUUAUAAUUCCUACGCAACAGUUUGCAUUAUCGGCAUUCAAUGUCAUAUACCUAACCUUUGAAACUCCAGAGCGUUCAGGUAGCCUGAGUGUGCAGGCCAGGGAGGCAGGUGAUAAGGGCAGUGAAGAAUUUACAGUAGUUGGAGGGACGGGGUCAUUUGCUUUUGCUCGGGGUGUUGCAGUUUUUACUGGCACAGAUAUGGGGUCAAGAGAAGUUGAUGCGAGUUAUUAUGUCAGACUUCAGCUUGAAUUUCCAAAUCAGUCUCCCAAGACGCCAGGGUGAUACAGAAUGCUAGUUCAUUUAGUUUGCGGAUUCCUUCUUACCAGUCGCCCCGCCAGGGUAUUCAAGCUCUUCCAGGAUCUCGCCAGCCAUUCACAAGUAAAUCACACAUUUUGAUACUUAACUAGCAAUGAACCCGUGCGUUGCACAGUAUGGUGGAACUCCUGUGAAGUUUUUUUUUUUUUUUUACAUGUAUUUUUUUAUAAUUAUGUUUUUAGAUAUGGCCAGUUUAUUUAUUUAUUUAUUGAUGUAGUUGAAAUGAUUGGGUAUACAAUUCG